AUGUCAUUGCAGCAAAAGGCUGAGGUCCUCAGGCAAAAGAUCGAUGAUCUCCUCGUAGCGGGUGGUGCCAUAGCGGUCCCAAUCCUCCGGGUUGUCAAUAAUACGGCUGAUUGGUGUCCCCCGCUAAAAAUGGCGACUGGCGGUGCACUCUCCAUCCUCGACGAGGUUCAGAAGUUCAAGGACAACAAGAAGGAAUGGGCUGGUUUUGGUCAACAUGUAGUCGACACUGUGACCGAGGUGAUUUUAGCCAUAAAAUCCUAUGAUCCAUCAGCGGAAGAGGCAAAGCCGUGGGUGGAGAGUAUCACGAAGCUUGAUGACGCGCUACGGAAGAUCAAGUCCGACAUCGAUCGAAGACUGAAAAAAUUGGAGAAACGACCGGCUUUCAUGAAUGCAUUGUCCUACUUGAGAGACCCAGGAAGGAUCGAUGACCUAAAGAAAGAUUUUGACAAAGCAUUGACAUCGUUUCAGCUUAGGGCGAACCUAAUAGGCGGCGCCAAAUUAGCGGCCAUAGAACGUCGUCUACAGGAUGACAAAAUCUUGGAUAGUCUCCGAUUCCCUCAUAUCGCCCACGAUGAUUCGACUCAGGCAUGCCUAGAAGGCACUAGGGUGGAUCUCACCGAGCAUAUUAUGACAUGGUGCCGCAACACUGGGGAGACAGAACGGUGUGCGAGUGAAGAGGACGUUACCCUGUUACUGCACUUCUUCUUUAAAGCUGGCGAACGGUCACGGCCCGAUUCUCUAUUCAGCGGCAUAGCUCGGGCUUUAGCAGACCAUGACCCGGUUUACCGCACUUUCAUUAUCUCUGCUCUGAAAAGACCUUCCCUCUCAACGCCCACUCGCGAAGCAAUUCGAGGGAUUUGGUGGCUUCGCCUCUCCGACAAAACCUCCACUCCCGACCGUCCUAUGGUGGUCAUCAUCGAUGCUUUAGAUGAAUGCGAUAAAGAAGCGUUUGAGCCCUUGCCGAAAUUCUUGGGAGGUGCCUAG